UUUACAUUGGGGUCCUCACUUAUUCACAUUGGGUUCCUUACUUAUUUACAUUGGGUUCCUUACUUAUUCACAUUGGGUUCCUUACUUAUUCACAUUGGGUUCCUUACUUAUUCACAUUGGGUUCCUUACUUAUUCACAUUGGGUUCCUUACUUAUUUACAUUGGGUUCCUUACUUAUUCACAUUGGGUUCCUUACUUAUUCACAUUGGGUUCCUUACUUAUUCACAUUGGGUUCCUUACUUAUUCACAUUGGGUUCCUUACUUAUUCACAUUGGGUUCCUUACUUAUUCACAUUGGGUUCCUUACUUAUUUACAUUGGGGUCCUUAUUUACAUUGGUUAUGUUUUUUCUGUAUGGCUGUAGCAUUUUGUCCUCAAGACAUGUGUAAAAAAAAAGUGUAAAUGCACACAUAGCCUAAAUAUAAUGGUGCUGCAGUGUAGCCUUGUUGGCACUCGCCAUCAAGCAAUCUUAUCAGUGCCAACUGUUAACACGAGUGCUAGCUGUUGUUAACGAGUGCCAGCUGUUGUUAACGAGUGCCAGCUGUUGUUAACGAGUGCCAACUGUUGUUAACGAGUGCCAGCUGUUCUUAACGAGUGCCAGCUGUUCUUAACGAGUGCCAGCUGGUUUAACACUACAGUGCCACUACUUAAAAGUUAUUAAUUUCAACUCUGCAAAAAUACAGAAUGAAGGAACAUGUUUUGGUGAUAUUUACCCUUGUAGUCCACAGUGUCACCAGUAAUCUCAGUCAUCCAAAUGUGCUGCUAAUUAUUGUAGAUGAUUUACGUCCAGUCCUAGGAUGUUAUGGGGACACAUUGGCCUUAACUCCAAAUAUUGACACACUUGCACAUCAUGGAACAAUCUUUACUCGGGCUUUUGCACAACAAGCCUUAUGUGGUCCAAGUCGUACUUCCUUUCUGACCUCACGACGACCAGACACCACCAAGUUGUAUGAUGUCCACUUUUACUGGCGGACUCAUGCUGGUAACUUUACAACAUUACCGCAGUAUUUCAAGGAACAUGGCUACCACACAGUCUCUGCUGGGAAGAUUUUUCAUCCUGGUAUAGUGAGCAACUACAGUGAUGAUCAACCAUAUAGUUGGUCAGAGUCAGCAUAUCAUCCUCCAACUCAAGCCCACAAGCAAGAUCCUGUUUGUUUAGGAUCAGAUGGUGCACUACACACUAACAUAUACUGCCCCAUUCAGGUGGAUCAGCAGCCUGGUGGAAGCCUACCAGACAUAGAAACAACAGAAUUUGCAACCGCUUGGUUGUGAAGUUGGGCAUUGCAGGCAAAGACCAAAACAAAGAAUGCUAUAAAUCAGCCAUUUUUUAUGGCUGUUGGUUACCAUAAGCCUCACAUUCCUCUUAAAUUUCCUCAGCAGUUUUUAGAUUUCUACCCUAUUGAGAAUGUCCCUCUUGCGCCUAAUGACCGCCGACCUCAAGGUCUUCCUGAUGUUGCCUGGAAUCCCUGGAAUGACCUCAGAUAUCGUGAAGAUAUUGCUGCAUUAAAUGUCUCCUUUCCAUAUGGACCCCUUCCAGACUUCUAUGCCAGAUAUAUUAGGCAGGGAUAUUAUGCAGCUACCACCUACACUGAUGCUCUCAUUGGAGAUCUUCUGUCAACUGUCAGCACUUCGUUUCCUGAUACACUGGUUGCUUUUAUUGGAGAUCAUGGAUGGUCACUUGGUGAACAUCAGGAAUGGUCAAAAUAUAGCAAUUUUGAAGUUGCUACAAGAGUUCCAUUCAUUAUAAGCAAGAUGAAUUCUCAUACUGACUAUUCAUUUCUUGGCUAUAAUGAUGUCCUCAGAAAGUUACACAAUGUAAACCUAAAUCCAUUCAUGGCAGAAAAGAAUUUUUCUUCAUCAAGUCAGAGACUAUUUAAAAAUUCGAUAAUCAGUGGAAAAUUUGAAUUAAAGGCCCAUAGAAAAAGUGCAUCAGGUAUAAAAUUUAUAAGAAAUAGUUUUAAAAGAAUACACAUGAAUGAAAACUUUACAUUUUAUAAUGGUAUGGUUGAAUUGGUUGAUUUAUUUCCAACUCUGGUUGACUUAGCAGGACUGCCUGUUCUCUCAGAUUGUCCAGAGGUGUCAAAGGAUGUGGAAAUAUGCACAGAAGGAACUAGCUUAGCUCCUAUACUCGACUCUUUAUGGAAUGGACAAAUGUUUAAUGUCUCCAUCAACAGUGAGAUAAAGAGUGGGCAAGAGCAGCAAAAAACACCUGAAGCAAACAAAUGCACCUCUCAUUUACAAAGUAACGUUUUGGUAAAAGAGGCAGCAUUCAGUCAGUAUCCUCGACCAGGACCAGAACCGGUGCACCCAGACAGUGAUCAACCUCCAAUGCAUGACACGACUAUUAUGGGAUAUUCCGUGAGGACAAGCAGGUUCCGCUACACAGCCUGGCUAAAGUUCAAUAAUAUUACAUUUAAGCCAGACUGGAGUCACAUUGUUGCAGAAGAACUGUAUGAUCAUAAAAUAGAUGAUGAGGAAAACCAUAAUGUUUGUAGAAAAAGAGCAUAUAAGUCUAAAAGAAAGCAGCUGCAGAGAAAACUUAAGAGAGGAUGGAGGUUGCCAUUAUUUUUCUGUUAAAAUGAAAGGGUGGAAGUUGCCGAUUAUUUUUGUUAAAAUGAAUAUAGUAUUUUGAAUACCUAUAUAAAUCACUAAAUGUAAAAAGAAUU